UACCACCUGUCAGUCAGUCAGUGUAGCGGUGACAACACAGCAGCCAGCAUGAGUCAUAACCAGACACUGUGCCUCAAAAUCGGAGUUGAUCAGUACCCAGGUCUCAUCACGUUGACUGGUGAGCCGCCCAACAUUAAGGGAACAGGUGUGUUGGAAGAAAUCUACGACAUUUUGUCAAAACACUUUGGUUUCUGUUACCAGUAUGUCAUAUCUCCGGGCUCCUUUGGGGAGGUGUUGGAAAACGGCACAGUGACUGGAAUGACGGGUCAGCUCAACCGUUCGGUGAGUCUCUUCACACACACUUGGGUAGCAUCUCCGGCAACACAACACUGCCACUUUGAAUUGUGUUGCACUAUACAGCUGUCAUAUACUGAAAAUUAG